CUCACAAGUAAACAACAGCUACCAUGAUGUCUCUGCGAGGGCUGAUGAUGUUGGUAGUGGUGUUGACUGUGGUUGGAGUGGUGAUAGCCUACCCUGAUCCCUCUGCAGGAUAUCGCCGUAAAUUUGGCGGAGGUGGAUUUAGUGGUGGUGGACUUGGUGGGUUUGGUGGUGGUGGACUUGGUGGAUUUGGUGGCGGUGGACUUGGCGGUGGACUUGGCGGUGGAUUUGGUGGAGGUGGACUUGGCGGUGGCUUUGGUGGUAAAUUCGGAGGCCUUGGUGGAGGUCAUGGUGGCUACCAUGGGUAGAAUGGUUGGAGAGAACACCGAAUGGACACCUCAACGACACCUUUAUGAGAACGACCUCAACGACGAUCGUCUUCCAAUGAAGCCACUACUAACCGUGGAUAAAAUUUAAACAUUUACAUUAGUCUUCCUUAACAAGCCUAUUACAUAAUGAAUAAAUAUCCGUAUAAGAACAAGUGUUUUUCUUCACUCUUUGAAAUAAUGAAGAAGUCCC